AUGUGUAAGAAUAUAUGGAAAAUUAUAUAUAUCGUUUUAAUUAUAAAUGCUUUAUUUUUGGUAAAUAUAAAUUGUGAUUCCAAUGAUAAAAAUAAUGACGAUGACAACAACAAAAAAAAGAUGGGAUGUUGUGGGGGUACUAAUAAACCACUACCAUCCACCAACAAACCGCUAAAGAGUUGUUGUAGUGGUAAAAAAUCGGGGAAUGAUGAAUGUAAACCAAUAUUAGAUCUCAAUCAUAUAGGGAGUAAUGGAAAAAACAAAAUUCCAUUUAUUUACAAAUGCUGUGCAAAUCAUGAUACAUAUGAAAGUAUAAUUAAUAAACACUUUAAUGAAGAAAAUGGAGACAAUACAACCGAUACUGCAGAAAAAAUGAAUAUGAUGAUGAGUAAUUUAUCUAUGCCUAUGUCAUUUCAAAAUACUACACAUACUAUUAUUUUAUUCAAAUUUUGGGAAACUACCACUGUUCCAUUUUAUUUCAUAUCCCUGAUAUUAUGCUUUAUAUUUGGAAUACUUUCAGUCGCAUUCAAAGUUUUGAGACUAUAUAUAGAAAAGGCGUUGCCCGCAACAAGUAAUGCAAGUGUAUUCACCAGCGCAACUCUAUUUAAACAUAACACGAUUAGAAUGAUUUUAUCUUUUAUCAUAUAUAGUUGGGAUUAUUUAUUAAUGUUAAUUGUAAUGACAUUUAAUGUUGGAUUAUUUUUCGCUGUAAUUUUGGGGUUAUCAUUUGGAUACUUUUUAAUGGGAAACAAUUUUGUCUCAUGCACUCAAGAUUCAAACUGUGAUGUAGAUGCUCAUAAAGAGCUUUAUGGGGAUCCAGCUUGCUGUGGAUGCUAA